CCUGCUUCCGGUAGAAUUCUUCGGAAACAUGGCUGCCAUCGGGGUGCACUUUGGAUACACAUGUGCUUGUGUUGCCGUAUUUAAGGAUGGGCGAGCAGAUGUUGUAGCAAAUGAUGCAGGAGACAGAGUCACUCCAGCUGUGGUCGCAUACAGAGACACUGAACAGAUUGUGGGAAUCGCUGCCAAGCAGGGCAGAAUACGAAAUGCCACCAAUACAGUUGUCAAAGUGAAGCAGAUCCUGGGCAGACACUAUGAUGACCCAGAUGCUCAGGCACACAGAGAAGAAAGUAAAUGCAUUGUUGUCAACAAGAGUGGCCUGCCCAGAUAUGAAAUCGACACAGGAGAAACUACCAAGUAUGUCUCACCUGAAGAUGUAGCUAAAUUGAUCUUCCAUAAAAUGAAAGAGACGGCCCAGUCGGCCUUGGGUUCAGAUGUGAAAGAUGCUGUCAUAACAGUGCCUUUUGAGUUCGGAGAGAUGCAGAAGAAUGCACUCAGGCAAGCUGCAGAAAGUGCCGGGUUCAAUGUGCUGAGGCUGAUCCACGAACCCUCCGCUGCUCUUCUAGCGUAUGGAAUCGGGCAGGACUCACCGCUGGGAAAAAGUCAUGUGCUGGUGUACAAACUCGGAGGCACGUCGCUCAGCGUCACCGUCCUGGAGGUGAACAGCGGAAUGUACCGGGUCCUGGCCACACAGACGGAUCACAGGACCGGAGGAGAGAGCUUCACAUAUGAGCUCGCACAGCACCUCGCUGCAGAGUUCAAAAAGACUUUUAAACAGGGUGUGUCGGGUAACCCCAGGGCGAUGCUAAAGCUCAUGAAUAGCGCUGAUGUGGCCAAACACACUCUCUCCACCCUGGGCAGUGCAAACUGCUUUGUGGACUCACUCUAUGAUGGCAUGGAUUUCGAGUGCAAUGUCUCUCGAGCCCGAUUCGAGCUAAUAUGCUCCAGCCUCUUUAAUAAGAGCAUUCAGCCAAUUAAAAGUCUUCUCGAGCAAGUAAACCUGUCCACCUCUGACAUCAACAAGGUGGUUUUAUGUGGAGGAUCAGCUCGUAUCCCGAAGUUGCAGCAGAUGAUCAGGGAUUUGUUCCCAGACGUGGAGCUGCUGAACUCCAUCCCUCCGGAUGAGGUGAUUCCGGUCGGCGCUGCCAUGCAGGCGGGCAUCCUGGUGGGAAAAGACAGCCUGGCACUCGGAGAAGAUUCCAUCACUGUGGACUGUUGUGCCAGCGACAUCACGGUUAAGGAAGUGGAUGACUCUGGAGAGGAGGUUUUCACAGUUUUGUUUCCAUCUGGCACACCUCUCCCUGCCCGCCGCCAGCACACACUACAGGGUCCUGGCAGUCUGUCGUCAGUGAGUCUGGAGCUGUACCAAGCACAGCGACCCAUCGCACAGAUGGUACUUAGAGACUUGGAACCUAAAGAGGAGCUGCAUGAUAUUGUCACAGUGCUGACAAUGAAGAGGGAUGGUUCACUGCAUGUUACGUGCACAGAGCAGGGCAGCGGCAGAUCUGAAGCCAUUACAAUAGAAACGGCUGCUGCAGCAUCUUAACCUUGAAUCCCGCUGUCAACAUAAUUCCAUACAGUAACCUAAACACCUGCAUCUCAUGCUGUUUGUGGUUUUAUACUGCUCUAGAUUCCUCUAGACCUUAACUGAAGCAAACAAAUUCAAGUUCUUGUUGAGUUAAAGGAGUAGCUCAUCCUAAAAGCAAAGUUACUCACUUGCCCUCAUGUUGUUCCAAACCUGUCGCUUUUCUUUGGAAGAAUUAUUAUACAGCUUUAGCCAUACAACAACCAUUCAUAGUGACAGAAGAAGAAAACAAGUAGUUCUUGGUCUUGUUGGGAGCUUGGGAAAAAAAAUUAUAUGGGUUUAGAAUAUCAUGAAGGUGUGUAAAGAAAAUAAUAAAAAAUUCAGUUUUCCUUUUUUGUGUGAAUUAUUCAUUUAAAUUAAUAUCCAGGUUUAAUUGAAUACUCCCUUUUGCAUUUUUCUUUUAAAACAUAAGUCAUCUUAAACCUGUUGUCUGUGACCAGCAGGUUUACUGUAGUUGUUAUUACCAUGUGCCUUCAUGUACCUGCAUCACAUAAAUGAAUACUUAUGUAACAAGCAAAAUAACUGGAAGAAAGUAAGGAAGCCUGUGGCAUUCACUGAUACCAUUAAAGCAUGAACAACCUCAUCA